CAUGUGUCGGCUGUGGACCGGAGGAGGACCGGAGGAGGGCUGCCUGCAGGGACGGGACCUCAGCACCGGGACUAGAGCAAAGAAAGCUCCACGCGGGAUGGAGCCACGCGACGACUGCUGCAACAAGAGGAAAACAACAUGAGGAAACCGCCGCUCGCCACACAGGAUUUGCUUUCUCAUGAAACGCAGCAUUUUUGCUCCCUCCGUCACGCUGCUUCACCCGGGCCGAUGUGAGGAGGACACAUGAGUCACGUAUGAGUGAGACAUGAUGUAACAAUGUUUGAGUCUAACAGCUGAACAUGGAGCUAAUUGGACGAUUAGAAAAGCAGAACGUGUUUUUUCUCAUGUGUUUUAUCUGCCAAUGACAAAACAAUCUCAGGCGGUGGAGAAGCAAUGACCUAAUUUGGAUGACAUGACCUCACACUGAUAAGUAGCCGGCCUCCUCGCUGGGUGAUGGAACACAAUCCCAAAUGGACUCUUAUCAUCGUGCUGCAGUGUGUGAGGUUACAUGAUAUUUCUGUGUGUUUUUUACUGUGAGUUUUGAUGCUACAUGCAGCGAUGCUGCGCCGCGGACUGCUCGCUUGGGUCUCCCGUGUUGGAGGCGUGCUGGUGCUCCUCUGCUGCUCCCUGUCGCUGCUCUAUGUGAUGACCUGCAGUCCACCGCACUCCGUUGACCCUCCGCUGAGCCACGUUCUCCCCCGUGCUGGACCUAACCACGGCAGCCUGGGGGGCACAGGGCCGGGGCUUGGAGCAGGCGUAGGCGGGACAGGAGGAGCUGCUCAAAGCGGCAGACCCCCCGGUGUUCAAUCUUAUCAAGUGCUUCUCCAAGAGCGCGAGGAGCAGCACCGCCUCGACAUCUCCUCCUUGAAGAAGCAGAUAUCUCAGCUCAAGGAGGCUUUGCAGGAGCGUAGCCAGCAGCUGAAAGGAGUGCAGGAGAGCCUGAAGAGGGUGGCCGGGGGCCCGGCAGAGGGACAGGAAGCUGGGGCUGGCUCGCAGGUCGGUGGGCUCGGGGAGGCUCAGGGAGUCAAGAGUCAGCAGGCAGACCUCCAGGAGUUCCUGCGCAGCCAGCUGUCGAAGGCCGAGGUGAGCGCCGGCACCAGGCUCCCCAGCGAGUACGCCGUGGUGCCCUUUGAGAGUUUCACCCUGCAGAGGGUGUACCAGCUGGAGAUGGGGCUGACGCGUCACCCCGAGGAGAAGCCUGUGAGGAAGGACAAGAGAGAGGCGCUGGGGGAGGUUCUGGAGACGGCCCUGAACACGCUCAACACGGCAGCAGCCCAGCAGAGUGCAGCGGAAAAGACUCAAACAAGCAAAGUGUACACACCGUCGGACUUCAUAGAAGGCGUCACCCGCACAGAGAAGGACAAAGGGACGCUGUACGAGCUGACCUUCAGAGGGGAGUCCACUAACGAAUUCAGACGCCUCGUCCUCUUCCGUCCCUUCGGACCGCUGAUGAAGGUGAGAAACGAGCGGGUGGACACGGCCAACAUCCCGAUCAACAUCAUUGUCCCGCUGUCCAGACGCACCGACAAGUUCAAACACUUCAUGCACAACUUCAGGGAAGUGUGUGUGCGUCAGGACGGCCGGGUUCAUCUGACGGUGGUGUAUUUUGGGAAAGAGCAGAUGAGUGAAGUCCGCAGCACGCUGGAGAACACGUCCAGGGAAGUUAACUUUAAGAACUUCACGCUGCUGCAGCUGGACGAGGAGUUCUCUCGGGGCCGGGGGCUCGACGUCGGGGCUCGAGCCUGGAAAGGAGGCAACGUGCUGCUGUUCUUCUGCGACGUGGAUAUCUACUUCACCGCCGACUUCCUCAACACCUGCCGACUCAACACGCAGCCUGGUAAAAAGGUUUUCUACCCGGUGUUGUUCAGCCAGUACAACCCGACUCUGAUCUACGGCAGUCCUGAACACGUCCCACCUGUGGAGCAGCAGCUGGUGAUCAAGAAGGACACAGGGUUCUGGAGGGAUUUCGGUUUCGGCAUGACUUGCCAGUACAGGUCCGACUUCAUCAACAUAGGAGGUUUUGACAUCGACAUCAAAGGCUGGGGUGGCGAAGAUGUCCACCUGUACAGGAAGUACCUCCAUAGCAACCUCCUCGUGGUCCGAGCCCCGUCGCGAGGCCUGUUCCACCUGUGGCACGAGAAGCACUGCGCCGAUGAGCUUCCUCCGGACCAGUACCGCAUGUGCAUGCAGUCCAAGGCCAUGAACGAGGCCUCGCACGGCCAGCUGGGGAUGCUGUUCUUCAGGCACGAGAUCGAAGCUCACCUCCGCAAACAGAAGCAGCAGAACUCAAACCCCAAGAAGACUUGAAGACGUUAAAGACGGUUGGAUUAUAAUCAUCGCAACGACUGCAACAGUUGAAAUGACGCAGAUUAACUGAUUUUAAAGGAAUAGUUUCGCUUCUUGCCGAGGGUCCGAUGAGAUCGAUACCACGCUCAUGUCUGUGGACUGAAGAUGGAGCUCGAGCCAGCAGGUGAUUAGCUUAGCUUAGCAUAAAGACUGGAAACAGAGGGAAACGGCUAGCCUGAAGAAAGAUGCCUUCAGUACGCGUUACAUCUGUAAUCCGAAGCGUGAAAAUGACAGAUGACAAUUUCUUUGUGCCAAUUGUCAAGAAAUAGAAAGGAAAGUAUAAAAUGUUCUUUGGGGAGAGCCCGGCUAGUCUUUAUGCUAAGCUAAGCUAACUUUGUUCUGACUGUAGCUUCAUAUUUAUAUAUAUUACAUCACAUUACAGUUCAUUUGGCUUUUGUCCACAGCGACUGAGUGCAAACAAUC